CAUCGUUUGAGCCGCCAUCUUGAAAACAGCGCAUUCUGUCCUCGGACUACGGAUAGCUCGCUCUUUUCUCGAGGAAAAUCAUCGGACUCGUAUCAAGAUGGGUCGUAUGCACGCACCAGGAAAGGGAAUUUCGCAGUCGGCUUUGCCGUACCGCAGAUCUGUACCUACAUGGUUAAAACUUACACCGGAGGACUGUAAGGACUUGAUUUUUAAACUAGCUAAAAAAGGUCACACCCCAUCGCAAAUUGGUGUUAUUCUCCGGGAUUCACAUGGAGUCGGCCAGGUGCGUUUCCGCACCGGAAACAAAAUUUUGAGAAUUGUAAAAAGUAUGGGCCUUGCCCCGGAUCUUCCUGAAGAUCUGUAUUACUUAAUUAAAAAAGCUGUCGCGAUUCGCAAACAUCUUGAACGCAACAGGAAAGAUAAAGACUCUAAAUUCCGGCUAAUUCUGGUGGAGUCCCGGAUCCAUCGCCUGGCGCGAUAUUAUAAAUCCAAGGGAUCUCUUCCACCUUCAUGGAAGUACGAGAGUUCAACAGCUAGUGCUCUUGUAGCUUAACUUCUCUUUAUAUACAAUAAAAAUUCAUUGAAAUAUA